AUUCAUCUCAGAGAUGAUCAGUAAGACCGAGAAACUGCGAAAGUUCGCCGAGGGCGGUGGAGUCUUGAGGCUGUCGAGGAGGAAAUCCUUCUUCGUGAUCGACUUUGCCACUCAUUGGCCAAGCUGAGGUAUCGACAUCUAGUCUUCCUCAACUCAUUAGACAGACUAAGUGUAGAGGUUAUCCACUUCGCCCAUACCCAUCUCAUCUCUAUACUUUGCUCUUUGUGGAAUUCGAGUCAAACGCCUCAAAGUUUGUCACUCUCUGAUCUAGGAACUGAAUCACUUCAUCUAAAAGUACCCAUUCUGAGAUCGGAACAUGGCCAAAUUCUCAGUCGGCGAGAAGGUCGAUGCCUUCAAGACGAUGGUCCGUACCGACACCACGACCAAUAGAGUCAAGGACUACAUUAUCAAAGGUGCUCCUCAGCUUCCAUCAGCAUCAGCACAGUAUCUUCUCGACAAAGUCCCAAUUGUGUCCUGGCUCCCUCGAUAUCAUCCAUCAUGGCUUCUCACAGAUGCCAUUGCUGGUCUGACGAUCGGCAUCAUGCUUAUCCCGCAAGGUUUGGCAUACGCAAAGAUCGCAACUAUCCCCAUUGAGAACGGCCUCUACUCCUCCUGGAUCCCAGCCGCCAUCUGCGUCUUUAUGGGGACUUCAAAAGAUCUUUCAAGCGGCCCAACUUCUAUCCUAGGUCUGCUGACCGCAGAAAUCAUCGUCGACCUCAAGGAUGAAUACGACGUUGCGAAAAUCGCUAGUGCUGUAUCCUUCAUGGUCGGUGUUUACUCUCUCGCAAUGGGUGUCCUCGGUCUCGGUUUCCUCCUAGACUACGUCUCCGUCCCAGUCCUCACCGGUUUCAUCUCGGCAACUGCUCUGAUCAUCGGCUUUGGUCAAGUCGGCAGCUUAGUCGGUCUCAGUAAUGUCCCAACUGGAGUCUUUCCCGUCAUCGGAGAUGUUCUCAAGCGCCUCCCAGAAUGGGACGGCCCAACAUGCGGAAUCGGCAUUGGAACCAUUGUGAUUCUCCUCGCUCUUGAGAAAGUCGGCAAGACAUGGGGCAAAAAGCAUUAUAUGAUCAAAUACAUUGCAAGUAGCAGAGCCGUCAUCGUCCUCGUCAUCUUCACUUUGAUCAGUUACCUUGUCAACAAGGACCGAAAGGAUGACCUUCUCUGGGGCAUCAGUAAAGUCGACACUCAUGGCAUCAUCGCUCCAUCUGCUCACGAUACCGGUCUCAUCUCAAAAGUCGCCACUCGCGUUGUGGCUCCUCUAGUGGCCUGUACGCUUGAGCAUCUCGCCGUUGGCAAAGCUUUCGGACGGAAGAAUGGGUACACCAUCGAUCAAAGCCAAGAACUCAAUUAUCUCGGAGUCACCAACAUGGUCAACUCUUUCUUCGGAUCCAUGCCAGUAGGUGGUGCCAUGUCCAGAACAGCUGUCAACUCCGAAUGUCAUGUCCGAAGUCCAUCGGGUGGCGCUGUGACAGCUGCCUUCAUCCUCCUGACACUUUACGUCUUCUCACCUGCACUGUAUUGGCUUCCCAAAUCAACGCUCUCGGCUAUUAUUAUUAUGGCAGUUCUCCAUCUCUUCGGCCCAGUUUCCGCCUUCUAUCGCUACUGGCGGAUUUCCCUAGCAGACUUCAUUGCGUCCAUGCUCUCAUUCUGGGUAACCAUCUUUGUCUCUGCAGAGAUCGGCAUUGGCUGUGCUGCCGCAUGGUCUGUCGUCUGGACCAUGCUCCGCUCUGCAUUCGUCACUCCCAAAGUUCACGCCAAUACCGAAGACGAAGGUUUCUCUCUUCCAAGACGCACAUCAAGCGUGGAGAAGGCAGAAAAUUCUAGUGGUCGGGGCAGCCGCACUGAACAUGCCAGCAUGACCAUACCCAACGACACUGUCGUCAUCCACUUCAAUGACUCGAUCUUCUACCCUAAUGCUCACCGUGGGAAGCGCUCUGCUCUCGAGGCUAUCCAGCUUGUCUACGAGAAAGUUACUCACGGCGUCACCGAAGAGCGCGAGAGAUCCUGGAGUGUCGCAGCGGAGAAGCGUGUCGAAAGAAUGCGUAAACAACAACGCAUUGUCCUGAAAGACAUCCCACUCUCAGUUGUCGUAUGGGACUUCACUGCGGUGCCAUUCGUGGACGUGACUGCCAUCCUCGCGCUUGGGGAACUCAAAGAGGAUAUUCGCCUGCACUCUGGUAAGGGUGUGCAGCUACGCAUCGUUGGAAUGUCGAAGAGUGUUCGUGAGAGAUUCUUGAGGGCUAAGUGGAAGUUGACUGAUCUUGAGGGAUGGCGUGAAGAGGGUGCUGAUGUGGUUUAUCCUUCUAUGGAGAGAGCUGUGCUUGACCGUGAAGGAAGAGAGGGAAGUAUUUUGGAGGCUGUUACGGUCGAUGAUGAGAAACGAGGUUAGGGAUUUCUAGGAUAUACUUGGUUUUGGGUUACGUAUUUGAUAAUGGCGUUAUGUCUUUGGUUAUUCAACGCGUAUCUGCUGUAGGGAAAGCGGGCCAUCUGUCAAGUACACAGACAGUCUUUGCAAAUGUAUUGUUGUACCGCAACAUAUGAGAACAUUCUUCUUCU